AAUGACCACUUGUCCUCUUCAUGAGGAAACAACCUCACCCAGCUCAAUUUAUAUCGGACACAUGACACAUCUGAGACUGAGACAGGUCCUAUUCAACCGCCACUACCUACCCAUAACCACAAACAAACAAUGUUAAUGUCCUCCUCGUUCCUUCCCAAUGUGGCUGUUUCUUCACAAACUUUAACCUUACCACUCCCUCACUGAAACGCAACGAAACUAGAAAGUUAUCAUUCUUUUGGCAGUUCACGCAACCCCCACCAUUAUUAUUCACUCACACGUUAUGCCUCACACUUGAGCUUCUUCUUCACUCUCCUCCUAUAUUUACCACUGGUGGAUGAAUCAUCCAAGCAGGGCUCAGAUUUUUGCCUUCUGGGUUCAUCUUGCAUUGUGGAAAGAAGUGGUUUAGCUAAAGGUAAUAAUGGCUUAGGUGAUUGCAGUUAAUUCGAUCAAAACUGAGCUGGGAUUGGUUCCUGUUACAAUUACCUACUAAUGGCAUUCCGCGUCGCCAUAUUUCUCUUUCUGGCUUCUCUCUGUUCGACUCUAGCGCAAGAUGUUAAACAUAGUUCAAUUUCAAUAGAAGGAUCUCAAGCUAUUGCUGAAAAUGAUGAUAACUUUAUCUGUGCUACACUUGAUUUGUGGCCUAAUGAAAAGUGUGACUACAACUAUUGCCCCUGGGGGAAUUCUUCUAUCUUUAAUUUGGACUUGUCUGAUCCUGUUCUUACCAAGGCAAUCCAAGCUCUCAAGCCUAUGAGGAUAAGAAUUGGAGGUUCUUUGCAAGACCAACUCCUGUAUGAGGCAGGAAGUUUGAAUUUCCCUUGUCGUCCAUUUCGAAAGAUGAAAGGUGAAUUGUUUGGAUUUACACACGGAUGCUUACAAAUGAAAAGGUGGGAUGAGCUGAAUCGUUUUUUCAACGAGACAGGGGCCCUUAUCACAUUUGGCUUGAAUGCACUCAUAGGGAGGCACACGGAGAUGCAUAAAGCUUGGGUAGGAGACUGGGACUCUACAAAUGCUUACGACUUCAUAAAUUACACUGUUUCAAAGGGAUACAAAAUUGAUUCAUGGGAAUUUGGUAAUGAAUUGAGUGGUAAGGGAAUUGGUGCAAGUGUUGGUGCUUCACAGUAUGGGAAAGACUUGAUUAAGCUUAAGCAAAUUAUAAACAAAUUGUACAGCAACUCUGAGUUCAAACCUUCACUUAUAGCACCUGGUGGAUUCUUUGAUAAGGAGUGGUAUGAAAAGUUACUUCAUACUUCAGGUUCAGGCGUAAUCAAUGUGCUUACUCAUCACAUAUAUAAUUUGGGCCCAGGCAGCGAUGAGAGUCUUGACAAGAAGAUUCUAGAUCCUGAGCGCUUGAGCAAUGUAGAACCAACUCUUAGAAGUCUUUCUGAAACCAUUAAAAAACAUGGUCCUUGGUCUUCUGCAUGGGUAGGAGAAGCUGGUGGGGCAUACAACAGUGGUGGUCGUCAUGUGUCUAACAGAUUUGUGAAUAGCUUUUGGUACUUAGAUCAACUUGGACUAGCAUCCAAAUACAACACUAAGGUUUAUUGCAGACAGACUUUAGUUGGAGGAAACUAUGGCCUUCUCAACACCACCACUUUCGCUCCCAAUCCUGACUACUACAGUGCGCUUUUGUGGCAUCAGCUCAUGGGAAAGACUGUUCUUGCAGCUACUACCAGUGAUGAUUUUUUUCCUUUUUUACGCAUGUAUGCCCAUUGUUCAAAAGACAGAGAUGGUGUAACAUUACUGCUGAUCAACUUAAGCAACGAGACUCAUUUCUUACUCAGUGUUGAUGAGCAUAUGACUGUGAGAGAUGGUGUAAAUAAAGAUUCUAAAAGCAUCCACAUGGAAGCUUCAUUGUCUGGUCAUUUAAAGAAGGCAUUUUCUUUUGUUGGAACAAAAGGAUCAGAUGUCAUGUUCAGGGAGGAGUAUCACUUAACUGCAAAAGAUGAUUACCUUCGAAGCAAAACCAUGUUGCUGAAUGGUAAUCCAAUAGAGUUAACAAGUGAUGGAGAAAUUCCUACGUUGGCUCCUGUAAGCAAUCAUGUACAUGCUCCAAUAUAUAUAACUCCUGUAUCCAUUGCAUUUAUUGUAUUCCCCAACUUUGAUGCUCCAGCUUGUGCUGGACACAGAUAAUUUUAAUGAAAAGGUUUAUUGAAUCUUGUA